AUGGUACACAUCAACCGAGUAGCAACUCAUAAGGAGAUUUCCGAGGAGCAAAGUCAAUUCGAAGCCAUUGAUGCCACUACCUCCAUCAGCCUGACGCCGGACGAUAAGGCGGACGACUUCACUGCUACGGUGUAUGGUAGCAAGUAUGCUGCUGAAGACUUGCCGAGAUACGAGAUGCCGGAUCAGGAAAUGCCGCCACAUGUUGCCUACCGCAUGAUCAAAGACGACCUUACGCUCGACGGUACUCCCACGCUGAACUUGGCUUCAUUCGUAACAACCUACAUGGAAGAAGAAGCCGAGAAGCUCAUGGUCGACGCCUUCUCGAAGAACUUCAUCGAUUACGAAGAGUACCCUGUCAGCGCCGAUAUUCAGAACCGAUGUGUUUCGAUGAUCGCGAGACUAUUCAACGCACCCAACCAUGAAGAUGCGAACACGAUCGGUACAUCUACCAUUGGAUCUUCCGAGGCCAUUAUGUUGGGAGUAUUGGCCCAGAAGAAGCUUUGGCAAAACAAGCGCAAGGCUGCGGGCAAGCCCUACGACAAGCCCAACAUGAUCAUGAACUCGGCCGUACAAGUUUGCUGGGAGAAAGCAUGCCGAUACUUCGACGUCGAGGAGAGAUACGUGUACUGCACAACUGACCGCUAUGUGAUCGACCCUAAGGAAUGUGUGGACCUCAUCGAUGAGAACACCAUCGGCAUUUGCGCCAUCCUAGGAACGACCUACACCGGCGAAUACGAAGAUAUCAAAGCCAUCAACGACCUUCUCGUAGAACGCGACAUCGACGUAGACAUCCACGUCGACGCCGCAUCUGGCGGAUUCGUCGCUCCCUUUGUUAACCCUGGUUUACUCUGGGACUUCCGUCUUCCCAGAGUUACCUCCAUCAACGUCUCUGGCCACAAGUACGGACUCGUGUACCCCGGUGUCGGCUGGGUCGUAUGGCGCGACCCCAAGUAUCUGCCUCAAGAACUCGUCUUCAACAUCAACUACCUCGGUGCUGAUCAGGCGUCUUUCACUCUUAACUUCUCCCGCGGAGCAUCGCAGAUCAUUGGACAGUACUACCAGCUUAUUCGUCUGGGUAAGCGCGGAUACAGGAAGAUCAUGCUGAACUUGACACGUACUGCCGACUACCUGGCUGCGAACCUCGAGGCCAUGGGAUUUGUUAUCAUGAGUCAAAGGAGUGGUGCUGGACUUCCUCUUGUUGCUUGCCGGAUCGACGAGGAUCUCGGCAAGCAUUACGAUGAGUUCGCUAUUGCUCAUCAACUCCGCGAGCGUGGAUGGGUCGUCCCCGCCUACACAAUGGCGCCUCACUCUGAGAAGAUGAAGAUGUUGCGUAUCGUCGUGCGCGAGGAUUUCACCAAGUCUCGUUGCGACGCACUGCUCGCCGACUUCAAGCUUGCGCUGGAGACGCUGGACAAGCUCGAUGCGAAGAAAAUUGAGGAACAAAGGCAGCAUUCGUUCGCCAUGCGUCGUCGCUCAACCAUCGUCAGCCCUAUCUACAAGAAGAGGGCCACGGACCACUUCAACGAGGACCACAGUCUCCAGGCGAAGAGUGGAAAGACUCAUGCUGUCUGCUAA